ACCACUAAGCUACCUGCCGCCCCAUGGGGAUAACCUGAGACUCAUGGAGACCCGGUUACAAACCAGUGAGAAUGAAGUGGAGGAGCUGAAGAGACUAACUGGAGGCCGGCCUCAGGUGGCCUUCUCCGCAACUCUCCGGGAGACAGGCAAUGCCGCUGGGAACACUGGACCUUUCACCACUCCCAUUCCCCUGCAGUACAAGAAGGUCUUCUCAAACACUGGCAGCUCCUAUAACCCUGCCACAGGUAUCUUCACUGCCACGGUCAAAGGAAUGUACUACUUCCGUUUCUCGAUGAUGAACAACCUGAAUGACACUCCUAAUUUUGUGGUGUGCUUGACCAAGAAUGGCCAGAGGCUGGUGUCUGUCUGGGACACUGUAGGAACCGAUGCCCAAGACAGUGGCAGCAACGCAGUGGUCAUUCCUCUGGAGGUGGGAGAUAAUGUCUAUGUUGAGUUACAGGCUAACAGGCUGGUCUAUGAUGACGGCAUGAACUACAACACCUUCAGUGGCUUCCUGCUCUUCACCAUGUAAACAUGGAACACAUUUCAACAGCUAACUGGUUGAUAUUACUUAAUUUUUAUAUAAGGGCUGUAUUCAAGCCAUAUCGCCGAAGUACCACGUUGACAUUUAAAGGCAAUGUUCCCGCGGCGGCGGCUGCAUUUACAGCAAACACUGCAUAAUUUCAAGCACGCUACAGCGCAGAUUUUCACCGAUAUGGAUUGAAUCCAGUCCUUAAGUUAGUAGACAUAAAAUAGUAAUCUGUAGCACACAGUGAGGUUAUAAUGCAGUAGAAUUAUAUGCUUCCUAUCUUUUAU